AACUAAAAUAAAACACAACAACCGAUAAUCUCUUAUUUUGGUAAGUGAUAACCCUAGACUUCAUUCUUCUUUCUCUCGUGUAAACAUAGCAACCACCGCACCCACAGCCGAUUCACUAUUUUUUUGUUCCUCGGACAAGAGCAAGGUGGUUGAAUACAACAACUUAGGUCUCAAAUCUCGGAAAUCAACAGCUUCAGUCUCAGAUCUUGGAUAAGACAAAGGUCGAAUGCUGUAGAUUUGAUUGGACAAGGGCAGAUUGAGUUUACUCAAUUUUCAACCGACAUGGAAAGUUUCGUUGUUCUCCCUUGUUUUCCUCGCCGUCGCUGUGUGUGGUGAGUUUGCUUUCUCUAUUAAGGGAUUUUCCUUAUAUAAGCUGUGAAAUUCGUACAUAGGUGGUGCGCAUUAAGUUCUGUAAAGUACUGUUCUGGUAUGGAUACUGAUGGAGCUUUUAAAUGGGUAGACCAAUUGCAGAUUUAUCUACAAGCCCAAUCAUGGAUGAUGCUACUAUAAAUGUUGAUGAGUCAAAUCAGAACAAAGAAAAAGAUAUCAUCGAGGCAAAUGAAGAGGAGGAAAAUCCAUUUGCUUCAAAGAAAAGGAAGGGAACAUCUAAGGUAUGGGCUGAGUUUAAAGAAGUUACUCUUCCUGAUGGAAUAAUAAAAGUAGAGUGCAUUCACUGCAAAAACCAACUGGGAGUUAACAAGAAUGGUGCUACAACACAUUUUCUUAGAAAUUUAAAGAUUUGUCCAAAAAGGAAAGUGAAUUUGAAAGGUCAACAACUUAGUGUCACUACAACACUAGUUGAGACAAAAAGUGUGACAUCUGUAUAGAAUUUUAAAUAUGACCAUGCCAAGAUAAGAAAAAUCCUUGCCCAUAUGAUUCUUGUUCAUGAGUUGCCAUUUCUUUUUACAGAGUAUGAGCUUUUUAAUUUGUUGAUGAGAACUGCAACUCCAUAUUAUCAAAAGAUUAGUCGUGCAACUAUAAGAAAGGAUUGUUUCUCUGCUUAUGAUAUUGAGAUUUUUUCUCCGCUUAUAAUAUUAAGAAAAAGAAAGUGAAGGAUUUGCUAAUGCACGUUUACAAAGUUAGUGUGACCACAGAUUUAUGGAAGUUAGGUCAGCAGGUUUCAUACAUGGUUGUUACUGCACACUUUGUGGACUCUAAUUGGAAUUUGCAAAAGCGUACUUUGAACUUCUGUGAUGUUCCACCACCUCAUAUAGGAGUUGUUAUAUGUGAUGUGCUACAAAAAUGUUUAGCUGAAUGGGAAAUUGAAGAUAAGAUAUGGAUUGUUUCUGUUGAUAAUGCUGCCUAUAAUGAUGCUACUAUUAGAAUGUUGAAAGAUAAUCUUGCUUACAAGAAUAGUCUUGCACUUAAUGGUAAGUUUUUUCAUGUGAGGUGUUGUGCACAUAUCUUAAAUUUAUUGGUGCAAGAUGGUUUGUCUGAGAUUGAAGAUAUAGCUUUCAAUGUGCGUGAAAGUGUGAAGCAUCUUACAAAAGCUGAGUCUCGCUAUUUGAUUUUUUGUGAAAUGGCAAAGCAAUUGAAAUUACCUUCAAAGAAGCUUAUUUUGGAUUGUGGCACAAGGUGGAAUGCAACAUAUUUCAUGCUAUCUGUUGCAUUGGAGUUUAAGGAUGUUUUCCCUCUAUAUCAGCAAAGAGAUCCAACUUACACUUUCUUGCCUAGUGAGGAAGAUUGGGAAAAAGUGAAGUAAGUUUGCUCUUUUUUUGAAGAAUUCAAUGAAGUUACUAAAGUAAUUUCAGGUACUGAAUACUCAACUUCAAACUUAUUCCUUAUUGAACUUUAUAAUAUAAAGAAAUUGUUAAAUGAAGCGCAUGAGAAUGUGGGCUACAUGUAAGCCAUGGUUAGCAAGAUGAAAAAGAAAUUUGAUAAGUAUUGGGGUGAUUGUAAUUUGUUGAUCUUUAUAGCAGCUGUAUUGGACUCAAGGAACAAGAUGAAAUUGGUUGAGUAGUGUUUUCUAGAGAUUUAUUCUAAAUCUGAUGCUAUUGAGCAGAUGACUAUUGUUCAAGAGACUCUAUAAUGAGUAUGUUGAAGCUCAUAGAGCAAAAAAUGUUGACAUAGAAAUUAGUGAGGCUGAAAACCAAAAGGAUCUAGUCAUAAUGUAAGUGGGAAAGGAAAAGUUAGAGGGAGAGCAUAAUUUUAUGGUUACAUUAGGAAUGUUGAUAAUAUAAUUGAGCAAGCGAAAUCUGAAUUAGAUGUGUAUUUGGAAGAUGGUGUUCAUAUUUGUGAAGAUGAUGAAAAACUUGAUGCAUGAGAAUGGUGGAAGAUGAAUAAUAAGAAAUAUAGGCUAUUAUAAAAAAUGGCACAUGACAUACUAUCAAUUCCCAUUACAACCGUAGCUUCAGAAUCAAUUUUUAGUGCCGGAGGUAGAGUUGUUGAUCCGCAUAGAGCAGUCUUGGCAGCAAAAAUUGUUCAGGUUUUAGCUUGUGGAUCUGAUUGGUUAUGAGCUUUCUAUGAGAUACAGAGAAAAAGAAAGGUAAAUACAAUAAUAUAUUACACUUCAGUCCUCAAUAGGACAUGGUAGCAUACAAUUAACUUUUAUAAUUUGUUUGUUAUCAUGGAAGGACAAGGAGGAAAUCCAAGAGAUUAUACUACCUUAAUGGUUUGAAAUAUAUUUACAUUCAAUUUUCAGGUAAUAUUUAUUA